UUAACAUUUAACAGACAACUACGAACUCGGGGCUACAGUUGAACACUGAACAAUCUUCGCUUCAUCAAUUGGAGUUUGGGCGGUUCAGUACAAAUAGAAACCGAAUGAAGAAUCGUAGAGUAGUUGUCGUAAAGUGAAUCGUUGUAUCCUGUUCUAUGAGUUGUCUUAGCGUUAUUGUAUUUGCAUUUUUAACGUUUAUAUAGUGAUUUUUUAAAGUUUUUUUUAUUCUUUUUUGAUUAUCUAUACAUUUAAAAGCUACUGAAUGAAAUCCGCCGGUGUGAAAUAAUAACGUCAAAAUAAUAUGGAUAGUUGCAACAUUAAAGUGGCCAUCAAGGCCCGUCCUUUAAACCACAAGGAGCAGUUGGACGAUCGGGUUUACUGGAAGGUAGAAUCCGACAGUGUUAUUCACAUUGAUCCAAGUACCAAAAAGAAGAACGGAGAACAGUUUUUUUUCGAUAGAGUAUUUUGUGAUAAAUCAACAAACUAUGACGUGUUUGAUGAUAUUGUCAGACCAAUUAUUGACAGAGGAGUGCAAGGGUUUAAUGGUACAGUAUUUGCCUAUGGCCAAACUGGUUCUGGUAAAACAUUCACUAUGUCUGGUGAUCAAUCAAACCCUGGAAUUAUUCCAUUAGCUAUUAACUACAUGUUCAAUGCUAUGAAUAAUUCUUCUAGUAGAGAAUAUUUACUAAGAGCUUGUUAUUUAGAAAUUUACAAUGAAAAAGUUAUAGAUUUACUCGAAAAAAAAAAUAACAAAAAUCAAACAAAAAAAAUUGAAAUUCAGAAAGAUGGCUUACAUAUUACACCAUUAAAGGCUAUAGUUUGUCAAAAUUCACAAAUGGUUAUUGAUCUUAUGAAAAUAGGUGAGAAAAACCGGAGUAUUGGAGAAACAGAUAUGAAUGAAAGAUCAUCAAGAUCCCACACAAUAUUUCGCAUGAUUCUAGAAAGUCGUAAUGUAGAUGAUGAUUGUGACGGGGCCUACCAACAAUCUGUAAUUAAUUUAGUUGACUUGGCUGGUUCAGAGCGAAGUAGCCAAACUCAGUCAUCUAUGGAACGGUUUAAAGAAGGUUGCAAGAUUAAUAGUUCUCUAACAACUCUGAGUCUUGUUAUCCAACAACUUAGUGAAUGUCCAGAUAGCUCACAACAUGUCAACUUUCGUGACAGUAAACUUACGAGAAUAUUACAAACAUCUCUUGGAGGAAAUUCUUUAACUGCAAUUAUUUGUACAGUUACGUUAGCAGUUGAAGAUCAAACAUCUAACACAUUAAGUUUUGCUUCACGUGCCAAAAAAAUUAAAAAUACUGCUAAAGUAAAUGAAAAUGUCACAGACGAAACACUUCUUAAACGUUAUAGAGUUCAACUUUCUAAAUUGAACAAAGAAUUAGAGGGUAUAAAACAAAAUCAGUUUGAAAAUGAUGAAGUUAAUGAAAUUAAGUACAAGUAUCAGGAAGAAAAGCGGACUAAUGAAGAAUUAAAGGAACGUAUAAUGCGUUUGCAAAACAAUAUGAUAACUUCUGCAGCUCAUACAGAUCAACCCCCUAAUAAAAAAGGUUAUCAGCGAAGAAGAACUUGGGGUGGAAAACUAGAUAAUACAUUUUCUUCAAACAGCAUUCUUGAAACUAUUGAAGAAGAUGUUAACAUGCAUCGACCAAGUGUACCACCUAACUUUGGAAAUCUAAAUAAAGAUUUUAAAACACCAUUAGAACCAUUUGAAUGGGACUUAAUAAGAGAAGAAGAUCGCUCUGCUGUUACUGAAUCCACAAAUAAUGAAAAUACUGAACAUCAUUUCUCACCACCAUCCAACAUUCCAUUCAAUGUUUGUGAAACUCCUAAAAAAGUUUUAAGAGAACGAGUUGAUAAUUACAGAAAUAUGUUUGAAAUGAGUAUGAAAGAAAACAAUGAGUUAAGAGAAUUCACAACUCUUGAGAAACAAAUGUUUUAUAAUAAUAAUGAGCAAUUAAAAGAUUUAAGUAAUUUAAGAAAGCAAGUUGAGAAUCUUCAAACUGAAAAAAAUGAAUCUGAAAAAAUGAUUGAUAAACUUAAAUAUUCAAUUCAAGUAGUUGAACAUGAAAAACGUGAUAUUGAAGUUAUUAUGGAGGUACAAAAGAAUAAAUAUGAUAAACGAGAAAUGGAACUUCUGGCAACAAUUCAGGAAACAAGGUAUGAGUUACAACUCAAGGAGGAUCAAAUAAAAAAAACCAUAUUAAGUGAUAACUUUAUGACAGAAAAGCAAGAAGAAAUUAAAAGACUUGAAAUGAAAAUUAAAGAAAUGUAUCAAUUAAAUAAUACAUAUAUUAAUGAAAUAGACACUUUGAAAUUACAAUUGUUGAAUAAAGACGAGCAACUUAACACAGAAUUAUCUAAACAAUGUUCACUUUUGAAUGAGUUAUCUCUUCUUCAAAACAAUGCUGUUGAAGUUAAAUCAGUUCCAUGCGCUAUUAAAUUUUUAGCUGAUGAAGGGCAUUUUACUCUUAGAAAAUGUGAAAUAUUGGAACUGGAUCAAUUAUUAGAACAUAUUCAUAAUACAGUUGGUAAAUUGCAACUAGAAAAUCAAAGUUUAAUAGAUGAAAACAAUAAUUUGAAGUUAAUUACAAAUGAUUUUAAUAUUCAGAUGAAAAACAUAAGAGAAGAAAAUUAUGAAUUGAGAUUAAAACUUAACUCAAUUGAGGAAUAUAUUAAGUCUACCAUUAAAGAUUUCAGUGAAAGUUCUGAGAUAAAUGUAGAAAAUUCUGAUAUAAAUAGUUUAAUUGAUUUUGCAGUUAAACACUUUGAAGAAAACACAAACAGAGUUGAUAUACUGUCAAACAAGAAUUUAAUUUUAGAAGAAAAAUUGUCUUUAUCAAAUACAAAACUGUGUGACAUUAAAUCAUUUGUAUUUAAUGAUCUUGAUUGUAUUCUUCAAAGUAUUUCUGAUAUGGAACUUGAAUCAAGUACUGAAAUGGAGAAAUUCAAGAAGCAACUUUCAGAAACUCUGGAUGAAAAUUUAUUUUUAAAAGCUAGUAUUCAAGCAUUCAAUAAAUUAACAUUUGACUGUGUUAAUAUUAUUGAUCAAGUUAAGACUAAUCAUUCGAAGAUUGUUUAUCUUCAAGAAGAACUUACAGUCUGUAAUGCUGUUAAAAAUGAAUUACAAGUACAAAUUGAAGAAUUAAAUAGAUUGAAUGCAAAUCUUAAUAUGUUUAUUGAUAACCAAACUAAAGUUGAAAAUGAAAUUAAAGAAAAUCUGGAUGCUAAAUCUAUUGAUUUAAAUGAUGCCCGUAGUAAAAUAGUAGAAAUGCAAUUGAUGAUAAAAGACAAUGAAAUUGAAACUGAAUCAAAUGCUAUCAUUUUAAAUCAAUUAAGAACUGAACUUGAAACUGUUAAAUCAGACCUUGAAGACAAAUCGAAUAUAAUAGUCGAGCUGGAAGAAACUAAAUUAGAAUUAUUAUCUAAAUAUAGUGAAUUAGAGAAAUGUAGGUCAAAUGCUAAAUACAUUGAUGAAAAAGAAGAAAUUGAAAAAAAAUUACGAGAUGAAUUAGUUACAAAGACAAGUGGUUUGCAAAACGCACUAGAUGAACUAAUAGAAAUGAAUAUUAAACUUGAACUGAAUGAUUCUGAAUUAGACAAAUUAAAAACUUCUCUAAGUUUAGUGGUAUCUGACGUUGGUGAAAAGUUAAAACUCAUUGAAAUAGAAAACUCUAAAUCUGAACUUGCUCAAAACAAGGAGUUAGGAGAAACAAGCCACCUUAACAUUAUAAAUUCUACACUUGCUGUCAAAUCAGAGAAUGAAAAUGAAAUUCAUACUGAAUUACUGAUAAAGACAAAAGAAUUGGAAAAUGCAAUUUCACAAGUUAAUGUUUUACAAUUUACAGUUGAAGAAAUGAAAAUAAAAACAAUUUCUGAUUCUACUGUUAUUGAAAGACUAAAUAAUGAACUCGAUAUUGUUAAAUUUGAACUGGGAGAAAAGUCUAAACUUAAGGAUGAAUUCAAAAUAAAUGAAUCUGACGAAACAAUGUGUAAUAGUUUAGGAACAAUUUCUGAGCUUAACAGCACUAUUACAAAACUUACAUCUGAAUUGGAAGAUAAAUUAAACAAUGAGAAAACAUUAAAAAAUGAAUUACAAAUUGUUACGGUAGAAUUGGAUGAUGCCAUUUCAAAAGUUGAUGAAGUAAAAUCAGUAAUGAACAUUUUGAAUAUAAAGCAUGAAUCCUAUAUUUCUAUUGUAGAACAACUGAACUAUGAACUCAAAUGUAUUAAAACUACACUCAAUGAAAAAACCCAAUUAAUUUUUGAAUUAGAAAACACAAAUUUAGAACUUUCAACAAAAUGUAAGAAUUCUGAAGAUGAAAUAAAUAAAACCAUCUAUGAUCUUAAAGUAAAUCUGGAGGAUAAAAUGAAAGUUGAAAAUGAAAUAAGAGAUGAACUUAAAUCUAUAACUAUUGAAUUAGAGUAUGCAAUGUCUCAAGAAAAGAACUAUCAAAUUAAGCUAGAAAGUAUGGAGAAUGAAUUAAAAUCAAAUGCUAUUAUAUUAGACCAACUUACAUUUGAUUUAGACAUAAAGUCAAAUGAAAUUUCAAAAUUAGAAAACAUAAAUUCUGAAUUAAUUAUAAAAUGUGAUAAAAUUAGUGAAGCUAUGUUAAACAACAUGAAAGAUAAUGAACUAACUUAUAUAAAUAUUCAAUGUGAGUUACAACAAGUUCUCCAAGAAAAAUCUUUAAUCCAAACCGAUUUGAAUCUGAUUAGUCAAAAGUUUAUGGAAUUGUCAGAACAUCACGAUGAGACAAAAAAUAUUUUAGAAAAUAAAGUUAAAUUACAAGUAUUCAAUUACCAUAGGUUAUAUACAGAAUUUGUAAAUUUGUCUUGUGAUAUUGAAUCUUUAUUAAAACGUCAAUCUACUGAAGAAUUUAAUUUAAGAGAAGAAAUUUUAGCAAAAUCCACAGAACUUGAACACUUACAAAAACAAGUACUUGAGUCCAGUUUACAACAUGAAUACGACAGAUUAGAAGAAGAAUAUAUGUUGAGAUCUCGUGAAUGCGAUGAAGCACGAGAUAAAAUAAUAAAUUUUGAAUCAAUAUUGUCAAGAAAUGAAGAAUCUGAAAAAGUUCUUAGAAAAAAUUUAGAAUCAAAAUCUAUUGCUCUAGAAGAAUAUAAGAAAAAUGUUGAAUUUUUGUUUUCGAGAAAUGAUUCAUUUCAAGUCAGGGUUAAUGAUUUUGAAGAUAAUGUUUUAGUGGAUUUAAAUGACGAAUUUGAUUUAAUGAAAUCAGAAUUAUUAAAAAAAACAGAAUAUGAAAAAAUUUUAAUUGAAGAAAAAGCAAAUCUUGAAUGUAACUUGGACAUACUUCAAGAAAAACUUACCAACGUCACUAAAAAAAUGGAACUUAGCGAAGAACGAUGUGAAGAUUUGGCUUCUAUUAUUAAUGUAUUAGUAAUUGAAAUAAAGGAUGCAAAUUCUAUUAAACAAAAUUUAGAGACUUGUUUGAAUGAAGCCGAAUAUGAUUUAAUAAGGUCUGGAGAUUUCUGCGAAAACCUUAAAUUUGAAUUAUAUAGCGUACAAAGAGAAUUAGAAAAUGCAUGCAUCAAUGCUGAAUGCGUGGAAAAAGAGUUACAAAAUCUUAAAUUUAAAUUUGAUGAUAAAAAUGAAUUGAAUGGUUGUGAUGUGAGAAAUAAAUUAAUUGAUCCACUUGUAGAUUAUGUACAUGAUAUUAAGUUGAAACUCACUGAACUCAAUUCUGCAAUAAUAUCAGGAAAUCAAAGUGAAAAACGAUUAAGAACUAAAGUUUUGUCUGCCGAGGAUGAUAUUUUACCACAUGAAGACACAUUAAAGAUAAACUGUGACUCACAACCUGAUUCUCCUGAUAUUGACAUUGGCUUAGAAAUUGAUAAUUUACAUAAGAUAUUAAAUGAAAAAAAUGAUUUGAUUAACAGUCUUCAAACAGCUAAAAAUGAUAUGGAAAAUAAUAUUGCUGAACUUCAAUGCCAAAUGACAAAACAAUCCGAUGAAAAUAAUAAAUAUGUUAAUGAAAUAACUUUAGUAGAAAAUGAUCUAAAAAAAAAAAUAUUAUUGGUAGGAAAUUUGAAUGAUGAAUUGAAUCAAGUUAAACUAUUAAAUGCUGAACUAAAAGAACAAAUUGAUGAAUCACAAGACCAAAUGAUUAAAUUAUCUGAUGAAAAAGAAAAAAUUAUAAGUGAUAUGACAUUAAUGGAAAACAAUCUUAAAGAAAAAACAUCAUUGGUAAGUAAUUUAAAAAAUGAAUUGAAUGAACUUAAAAAUCAAUACAACAAACUUGAAGAACAUAACCAAGCUAAUAAAGAACAAAUUUGUUAUAGCUAUGAUAUUGAUUCAGAGUUGAGAAACGGUAAAAGAAAUAUUAUAAACGAAAUUAAUCUUCUUGAACCUGGAAAAAUUACUGGUGUUCUUACUGAUCAUAAUUUGUCAAAUUUAUUGGAUAUGUUUGUCAGCCUUAUAAUGACUAAAGAACAACAAAUUGUAACUGACUUAGUUAAUGACCACAAUAAAGUCAAACGACUAUAUGAAGAUCAAAUCAAACAGUUCCAAGAAGACAUAAAAAAAGGAAAAGAAUGGCAAGAACAAGUUGAAAAUGAUAAUGAAAAACUUGGCCUUGAACUUGAAAAUCUCAAAUCUCAAAAACACAACUUCCCUUGUAGAGAAUUAAAAAUAAAAGAAUUGACAGAAAAAGUUUUGGAAGCAGAGAAUUUAUCUUUCAAUUAUCUAAAUGAGUUGGAAGAAUUAAAGACCCAAUUGACUAAAACAAGUGAACACAAUUAUCAGUCAUUGGUCGAUGAAUUUCAAACAUUUAAGACUAGUUCAGAGCUGUCUGUACAAGAUUUGAAAAACAAACUUGAAAACAUAACCAAACAAUACAACGAAUCAUUAAUUAUGUACAAAGAUCAAAAAGAUUGUUGUUAUAGUCUGGAAGAUAAAAUAGAAAAAAUUCAAUCAGAAUGUGCUUGUCUAAAAUCUGUUAUUGACAAAAAAGAUGAAGAUAUUAAAAACUUACUUGAUGGAUUUCAAUUGAAGACAAAUGAGUAUGAAACAUUGAUUGAAAAAUAUAGUUUACAAAAAGAAGAAACGAGAAUUCAUUAUGAAAAGAUAAUUGAUGAACUUGAGUUGGAUGUAAGUAAUAUCAAACAUCAAAUGUAUUGUACAGAAAAGUUGCUUAAAGAAAUAAAAAAAAAUAAUCAACAACUACUUGAAGAGAAUUCAUUAAAUUUAUCAAAAAUUAAACAUAUGCAAGAAAAUUAUACUGUACAAAUAGCAGAAUUGGAGGGUGAUAGUCAAAUAACUAAAAUUAGCAAUACAAAAAUGGAAAAUCUUGAAAAAGAGCUAAAAGUAAAGAAUAUAGAACUUGAAAGCCUGGAAUCAGAUUUAAGGGUAAAAACUACAAAACUUAAGGAAACUCAAGAACAAUGUUCAAAACUAGUCCAUGCACUUGAAACUCAUGUAGUAAAAAAUAAUGAAUUUGAGAAACAAUUAGAAAGUUAUUCAAUGAAUUCAAAAAUUAAAGAUGACGAGAUUGAAAAUUAUCGAAUUAAAUUGAAAAUGAAUGAAAAUAGUUUAAUAGAAGUAAAUAAUGUAACUGAAAAAUUAAGAAAAAAACUUAAGUGCGAUGGUACAUUAUUGACACUGUACGAUAAUGUCUGUUCAUUAAUAACCAAAUGUGAAGACUUCGAAGAAGAAAUUAAUGAAUUGAAACAAUCUAAUGUUGACCUAGACAAUGAAUGUGAGUCUAUGUUAGAAGAAGUAAAGAGUAAAGACGAUAAGAUAGCAGAACUUUUGAAUCAAUUGGAUGAGCUUAAGCAAACCAUUGUAUUAUUAACAGAAGAAAGAGAUUUUUUGAAACGCAAAAGUGAACAAUUUAAGAACUUCAAUGAUGAUGUCAAAAAAUUAAAUGAAGAAAUAUUUGGUUAUGAACAAAACAUAUCUGACCUAAGAAAAGACAAAGGUCAGCUUAUUGUACAACACGAUAAAGAACUGAAGAAAUUGAAAAAUGAAUUGAAUCAAGUUCAAACUAAAAAUGUGGAACUAUCAAAUGAGUACAGUAAAUUAUCAGAAACUGCUAAAAUUUUGGAAAAAUCAUUGAAGGAAGACAUACAACAAUUAAAUAGAUGUAUUGUGGAUAAGAAUGCAAAAAUAUCCACAUUAGAAUUGUUUUCUAAAACUAACACUGACGAUCUCAAAAAGAAGAAUCAUGAAUUGGAAAAUAUCUUUAAAAGAGCAAGAGACGAGAAUAAUGCGCUGCGUAGAGAUUUACGCCGUUUGAAAGAAAUUACAAAUGUGACUAGAGUGGACCAAUUCACUCAAACUACUGAAGAACAGAGCUUAGUGAGUAGUGCAAUAGUGGCCGACCACAAAAGCAUGAUGGAAAAAAUUGCUAAAUUUGAGAAGGAUACUAAAAUGAUGAAAAUGAUGUUACAUCAUCGUAAAGCUAAAAUUGAAGAACUUGAAAAACAACUAAGUGAACGACAUGGUUAAAUUUGAUUUAAAAUCUGUAUUGCCUUAACUCUGUAGUUAAAUAUUUAUAUUUAUGAUUUUUAUAUAUUAGUUUGUUUAUAAGAUAUUACAAUUCAAUGUGCAUUUGUAUAACUGUUUAUUUUAAGUACCUACUGAAUUAUAUUUUGUUCUAUUUUAUAUAUAUAUUAUACAACUUGAACUGUAAUCCAUUUGUUCAUUUCUAUAUUUGAUAUAUAAUAUGAAUAAUUUUUAUUUUAUUUAAAGCAAAUACUUAUUUAUUUAUACAUUUUUAUUUCUUGAGAGUUGCUAUGGGCUUAAAAAUGAAUACAUUAAUUUUAUAAUGUUACAACUUUUGAUUUUGUGAAAUUAUAAUCUCUAUAACUAUAAUACAUGAGAUGUAUGAUCAACAAAUAAAAAAUAAUGACACUUGUUAAAUAUUUUAUAAGUAUGCCAGACGUAUGUUGUAAAUUAAACAUGCUUUCUAUAAUUUAAGUUGUUAUUAAAUCAUUUAGAAAUAAAAACAUUUAACGCUGUAUAAUCGUAAACUAUCAUGUCUGUAAUAGUGUAAUUUAAAACUAAUUUUAAAUACUAUAAUUAAGAGUCAAGUUUAUGUGGCUACUUAAUUAUUACAAAAAUUAUUUUAAUUAGGUUGUAAAUUUUCUUUUAUAUCUUUAUAACUUAUUUUAUAGUAUUUUAUAUUUACAUGUGCAAGCUAAUAAAAUAUAAAUAUGAACAUUUAAUUUUUAAGUGAAACCACAAAUUUUGAUCGAAGUUGAAUUUGAGUUAUACCUGCUCAAUACAUAUUUGGUAUCUUAUAUUUAACAAAAGUUUUUUACAUAAGAACAUUUCCUUCUGGAAUAUAAUAUAUACCUACCGUGUGUCUGCGAAAACAAGGUACACUGUAUAAUUAAAUUACCUAUAUUACUCAGUACCCUAUAAAUAUUUUUGAAUUCUGUUUGCGGGACAUGAUACUAUACCAUCAAUUUACUGCAGACAGAAUUCUAAAAUAUGUAUAGGUUACUGAGUUAUACCUGACUGUACCCGGUUUUCGCGACACAGUAUACAUUAAUUAAUAUUCCAGUAGACACCCUUUUUUUCAUUUUUUUUUUAUUUGAACGUAUGUAGUGAGGCCUCAAUUUUAGCUCAAAAUACAUUAAGAAUUAAAGUUAAAUUACGCUGUCCUUAUUUUGAUUCUGAAAACAAAUUUGAAUUCGACAGAAAAUUGUUUAUACAUGAUAGAUCGUACAGAACACAGUAAAAAUUAAAUCUUAUGUCAUUGUGAAGUGUAAUUGAAAACUUUUUAUUUCGAAUCAUAAUUAAAAUUAAAAGCGGAGUGUUUAGUACAAUCUACAGACAUUUUUCUGCUUAACUCAAAUAUUUUUUCGGCUAAAACAAGAUUAGAAAUUGCCUAAAUGUUGCCCCUUAAAUAAUAGCCGUAGUGAUUAUAAUAGGUCAAUGCUGAAAACGAUCGGUUGGUAGUGAAGGUGAAGUCAGCAUUUAGCGGGCGAAAUUAGUAUUGAAGUUAUAGCUAUUUGAAGUCCGAGACUUACUAAGUUGUUAGGUGGUCAUACCUAGGCCCGUCGUUAGAUAUAUUCCGCGCUAAAGCGAACAUUUUAAUGCCUCUCUUCUUUACCGAUAUUUAUUUAAUUUUGCCGCCUUCAAUUUCUUUAAAACUGUAUGCCAUCCUAAGGCAGCGAA